UGUGCGUAUAUGUCAAGCAGUUGUCAAGUUUUUUUAUUCAGAAUCGGAUGAUUUUUGGAUUUCUGUAGUAUUUUUACAUGUGAGAUAACUUUAACGCAAAAAUGGCCAAGAAAACAUACGACUUACUGUUCAAACUGCUGCUGAUUGGAGACUCUGGUGUUGGAAAAACAUGUAUAUUGUUCAGAUUUUCAGACAAUCACUUUACGACUACGUUUAUUUCAACAAUCGGAAUUGACUUCAAAAUAAAGACAGUGGAGCUGCGGGGCAAGAAGAUCAAGCUGCAGAUCUGGGACACGGCGGGCCAGGAGCGGUUCCACACCAUCACCACCUCAUACUACCGUGGGGCCAUGGGCAUCAUGCUGGUCUAUGACAUCACUAAUGAGAAAACAUUUGAUGAUAUCGUCAAGUGGUUACGAAAUAUAGACGAGCAUGCAAAUGAAGAUGUGGAGAAGAUGAUCCUUGGCAACAAGUGCGACAUGGAGGAGAAGAGGGUGGUCAGUAAAGAACGGGGAGAAGCGAUAGCGCGCGAGCACGGCAUCCGCUUCAUGGAGACGUCAGCGAAGUCGAACAUCAACAUCGAGCGUGCGUUUUCCGAGCUCGCGGAGGCCAUCUUGGACAAGACUUCCGGGCGGGAGGCGGAUGCGGACCACGCGCGCAUCGCCGUCGAGCCGCGACCGUCGCGCGCGCCCGCCUCGCGCGCCUGCUGCAACACGUAGAUCUACUCUGUGGCCGGAAGCUGAGCGACGCUGGCAACACCGCCGCGCUACGGAACUGGCUGGUUGGAAAAAAAUAUUCGGCGUUUAAAAACUUUUUAGACUUUUGCUGCGUUUGAAUUAGGAAUCGCUUUUGUUUGUGGUUUUUGUUUUUAAUUAUUCGGUCGGUUAAUCAGUCGGUUUCCGUUUCUCGGUAAACACAUUGUUUUGUUUUGGUUAAAAACGGCAGAAAUCCUAGUCCAGCUGAAAAGUCUCCUUAGCUCCCGAAGACACAAUGUAAAAGUAGAUAUAAGAUCCACGCGCAACAUCAAGUUAACAUGUCCGCAUCUAUGUUAGCUCGAAAACAGAGAUGUGGAUAUCGCAAACAAGUACUAACCAUUUAAAUAUUGUAAAAGAAGAACACCAACGAUAAUCUUUAAUCUGUGAAGAUAUUUUUUCACGUGUUGUUUUAUAAUCUGUGUGUAUAAUAUUAAUUGAUUAUCGAUCUAUGUUGGCUGCACUGCGUUGCUACUUUUGCUGUAUUUAAUUCUAGCUUCGAUGUAAAGUUAUAAAACUUUGAAUAUUUUACACGCCGCGAUAGGUUUAAGUGUUUGUAACAGAUAUGUGAAUACGAACUGUUUGUAUAUUAGUUCGCUGCUUACCCAGCUUUUAACAACGAGAUUAUUCGAUCUCUUAUAUUUCACUGUGUCCCAAAAAAAAAUGUGAUGCUCAUAACAACUUCGCAGAUAGGUGCUCGAAGAAUAAUUCGAAUGUAAUUCUCACGAUCUUUAUAAUUGUUUACUAUUUGUAAUUGAAACCAAAACAUAAGCUUCUCGGCAGAGGGCAGAGGUCGAACGGUCUAGUCGCUGUAUCAUUCGGUGCAUACGAGUCAAAAAUAACAGAUACAAAUGCCAUAAAAAUAUGCUCGUGCUCGUACUAACAAAUUCGGAUUAAGAUUUCUAAUCGUAUAGGUAUCGCCAGGUCUCAAAGUAAAGUUAGAUGCGUGUAACGAAAGCACAACAGUUUGCUAGUAAAUUGAAAGGUGAUCUUAUCCGCAUUGUUUACCAAAUUGUCAUGUGCUUGAAGAUUUGAGUUGUUAGAACAAGAUUUCCUUCUUCACAUUAUCGAGAAAAAAUAUAUUGUUACAAAUAAUGUAUUUUUUGUCGAGGACCCUACGAUGCGGAGUGCUUAGAGCUUUUACACCUUUCCGGGGGAUGAAAAAUUAACGCAAAUUUGUGUGGCGCGCGUGAGUGUCGUCACCUAGGUACGGUGCUGCAUCACCAUACAAAUUCGCGUUUGCUUAUCGUUGCUCAAACGGUGAGGAAACUCCGACUAAGUCCUCUUUUCGUAUUUAUGUAUAGGUAUCUUAUUAUAACUCUAUGAUAACUAUACUGAAUCUGCUUUGUAUACUUUUUCAAUCUCUAGGGUGUAAGGUAAGGUGUAAUUCUGGUUAUACUAAGAUGGUUUUUCAGACAUUUAACGGUAAAAUAAACUGUACAGAUAUUUUCGGAAUUGUGUUGUAAGCGGAACUUUCAUACGAUGAUAUUGUUGAAUAUGCUAAUUUGAUAUCCAUUUUUGGUAUAAAAUAUGAAAUACUUAGGUCCUAAUUGAUCGUUUAUUGCAAUAUAAAUUGCUCGCAUUGAUGAAUUUGCAAUAUCGGCUUGUAUUUAACUUUUAGGUUAGUACUUAGACGAAAGAAAUGUGCAAUUAAAUUAAAUUUUUAUCCUUCUGAAAAUCCGAUUGAUUUAAUACCACAAACUAUAUGCAGUUUAUGGAUUUAAAUGGGGCUUAGUCAUCAUAAGAAAUAGGAAGAGGUUUUAUAAAAUACCUACUUAUUUACUUACGACAUCUUAAUUAAUUAUUUUUCAUUUGUAGAGAUGCAUUUAGACAAAUAUAACCAGAGAAUGUUUUAUUUUUUCAAGCUCAUUAUAUUGUGAUGUGUUUUUUAUAGAUAUUGUAAUGCUUCACACUAACUAAUUUAGUUUUACUAGGCAGAAAGCAUUGGCUUUUGACCGCUGCAUAUCCGACAACAAUAACUAAAAUAAGCUUCACAAAAUGAGACCUUAAAGCUAUUGCAGUUAGAUUUUUAUUACAGUGGGCAUUCCUUAAGUCGCAUAUUGUAAGCAAAUCUCACUCAAGCGCCAUAAUAAUUAUUUCCAAUAGAUAAUAGUUCUAGGUAAUUACUACAUACGGAUAUAUAACACUUAUUUUAACGUAAGGUGUAGUGCGGUGGUACAUCGGUUUUUACCUGCUUUUAUAAAUAAAUGAAUAAACAUCGGCAUUGUAUAUUAUGUUCAUAUUAAAAUACUUAUCGUAUA